GAGACAAAAAGGAAGAUGUCCACCUUCGUUAGCAGUAUAAAGUCAUCUGACAGCCCUACGCAGCAUGCAGUGGGAUUUCAAAAGGCUUUCCAGUUGAUACGAAAUACAAACAAUGGCACAAAACUCCAAGGAAAUACCGAUAUGGUCAUAAUUUAUCUCUCGGCUGGGAUUACAUCAAAAGAUUCCUCGGAAGAUGAUAAAAAAGCUACUCUACGUGUCAUCAACGAAGAAAAUAGUUUCCUCAAUAACUCAGUAAUGAUUCUUACUUACGCACUUAUGAAUGAGGGAGUGACAGGUUUGAAGGAACUAGCCUUUCUGCGAGACCUGGCAGAGCAGAACUCGGUAAAGUACGGGGUGCCGGACCGAACAGCCCUACCUGUCAUCAAGGGAAGCAUGAUGGUCCUAAACCAGCUGAGUAACCUGGAAACUACAGUUGGCCGAUUCUAUACAAACCUCCCCAACCGAAUGAUCGAUGAGGCAGUCUUCAGUCUGCCUUUCUCAGAUGAAAUGGGAGACGGUCUGAUAAUGACUGUAAGUAAACCGUGUUACUUUGGAAACCUGCUGCUAGGGAUUGUUGGAGUAGAUGUUAAUCUCGCAUAUAUCUUGGAAGAUGUCACCUAUUAUCAAGACUCCUUGGGUUCAUACACUUUCCUCAUUGAUAAUAAAGGAUACACUCUUAUGCACCCAUCCCUUACCAGGCCCUACUUGCUGUCUGAACCACCGCUCCACACAGAUAUUAUCCAUUAUGAGAACAUUCCUAGAUUUGAGCUGGUGCGUCAGAACAUCCUUAGCAUUCCCCUGGGCAGCCAGAUCAUUACAGUUCCUGUGAAUUCCUCACUGUCUUGGCAUGUAAACAAACUGAGAGAAGUUGGAAAAGAAGCCUACAAUGUCAGCUACGCCUGGAAGAUGGUCCAGGACACAUCCUUUAUUCUGUGUGUCGUGGUAAUACAGCCAGAAAUACCUGUUAAACAGCUGAAGAAUCUCAACACUGUCCCCAGCAGCAAGCUCCUGUAUCAUCGACUGGAUCUGCUGGGCCAGCCAAACGCCUGCCUGCACUUCAAGCAGCUGGCUACCUUAGAAAGCCCUACGGUAAUGCUCUCUGCGGGCAGCUUCUCUUCUCCAUACGAACAUCUCAGCCAGCCCGAAACGAAGCGGAUGGUGGAGCAUUACACAGCGUACCUCAGUGACAACACGCGCCUGAUUGCCAAUCCUGGCCUUAAGUUCUCUGUCAGAAAUGAAGUAAUGGCUACCAGUCACGUCACAGAUGAAUGGAUGACACAAAUGGAAAUGAGUAGCCUGAACAGUUAUAUUGUGCGCCGUUACAUAGCAACCCCCAAUGGGGUGCUCCGAAUUUACCCCGGUUCCCUCAUGGACAAAGCAUUUGAUCCCACCAGGAGACAAUGGUACUUGCAUGCAGUGGCUAAUCCAGGACUAAUUACCUUUACUGGUCCCUACUUAGAUGUUGGAGGGGCAGGCUACGUCGUUACGAUCAGUCACACAGUCCAUUCUUCCAGUGCACAGAUGUCUUCAGGACAUUCAGUGGCAGUAAUGGGCAUUGACUUCACCCUGCGAUACUUCUACAAAGUUCUCAUGGACCUGCUGCCAGUUUGUAACCAAGACGGAGGAAACAAAAUAAGGUGCUUUAUCAUGGAGGACAGAGGGUACCUUGUGGCACACCCAACCCUCAUCGAUCCCAAAGGACACGCACCAGUGGAGCAACAGCACAUUACGCACAAGGAGCCUCUGGUAGCAAAUGACAUUCUGAACCACCCAAACUUCGUCAAGAAAAACCUCUGCAACAGCUUCAGUGACAGAACAGUUCAGCGGUUUUAUAAAUUUAAUACCAGCUUAGUGGGUGAUCUAACAAACCUUGUGCACGGCAGUCACUGCUCCAAGUACAGGCUGACGAGAAUCCCGGGCACCAACGCCUUUGUGGGAAUUGUCAAUGAGACCUGCGAUUCACUUGCUUUCUGUGCCUGCAGUAUGGUAGACAGACUCUGCCUCAACUGCCACAGAAUGGAACAGAACGAAUGUGAGUGCCCUUGCGAGUGCCCUCUGGAGGUAAAUGAAUGUACCGGCAACCUCACUAACGCUGAAAGCAGGAAUCCGAGUUGUGAAGUUCAUCAGGAGCCAAUGACUUUCACAGCAAUCGAUCCGAGCCUCCAGGAUGCUCUCCCACAGUGUAUUAACACUCAGUGCAAUCAGAGAACAGAGAGCGGGGAUUGCUUCGGUGUGUUGGACUGUGAGUGGUGUAUGGUAGACAGCGAUGGGAAGACCCAUCUGGAUAAGUCCUAUUGUGCCCCUCAGAAGGAAUGCUUCGGUGGCAUUGUGGGAGCAAAGAGCCCGUACGUGGAUGACUUGGGAGCAAUAGGAGAUGAGGUGAUCACUCUGAACAUGAUCAAAAGUGCACCAGUCGGCCCAGUGGCUGGAGGCAUUAUGGGCUGCAUUAUGGUGCUUGUCCUAGCAGUAUACGCAUAUCGCCACCAGAUACAUCGGAGGAGCCACCAGCACAUGUCACCUUUGGCUGCCCAGGAAAUGUCAGUGCGUAUGUCGAACCUGGAAAAUGAUAGGGACGAGAGAGACGACGACAGCCAUGAAGACAGAGGAAUCAUUAGUAAUACUCGAUUUAUAGCAGCAGUAAUAGAGCGGCAUGCCCACAGCCCAGAACGCAGACGCCGGUACUGGGGGCGAUCGGGAACGGAAAGCGACCACGGCUACAGCACUAUGAGCCCUCAGGAAGACAGUGAAAACCCUCCAUGUAAUAACGACCCAUUGUCGGCCGGUGUUGAUGUUGGAAACCACGAUGAAGAUUUAGACCUGGACACACCACCUCAGACAGCUGCCCUGUUGAGUCACAAGUUUCACCACUACCGGUUGCACCACCCAACUCUUCACCACAGCCACCAUUUACAGGCUGCAGUCACGGUACACACUGUGGAUGCAGAAUGCUAAUGAACAACGACAAAAGCAACAUAACUUGUGAACAAUGAUCCAUGCAGCGACAGGCAGCUUUGUUUCUGUGCUUUUCACCAGGAACGAUUUAACUAACUUCCUGAAUAAACUGUUAGGCAUAACAGCUUUACAUUUUUAUAAAUGUAAGGUUGGCUCUGAAAUGGAAGAGAAACGUGCUUGAUGAAUGGACCUGCCAUAACAUUUAAUAAAAUGGAGCAGGAGGCACGUUAGACCUCCAGAAACAGGGACGCAAGUUUAUACAGCAGCUGAAGCUUUGGAAGCCCUGUUAUGCUGAGCCAAGAGGAGAGAGCGAGCUUAAAAGAGCCAGAGAUGAUUUGGUUUCCUUAACUGGAAGAGCAGAAAACUGCGCAGCUGAAGACUUAAAAAAGUGCCAGAGAGGCAGGGUGGGGGGGAACGCUGUUGGUUUCUCUGCAGUUUGUUUUGUGCAUAGGAAGUUUACUGCUCCGACAAUUGCUGUAUGGAAUCUAGGACAAUGCAUCUCAAGAUUUUUAAGUAAAGGAUUAUUUUUCUACUAUUUAUUGAACUUGAAACUUUGGGGGGAGGGAGGGGAGAAAACAUGUUAGCAAUUCUCAACAACUACCACAUAUAUUCUGUGAUGGUGAAGUGGUUCUUCUGAGGAAGACAUCUGUUUCUUAUUAGCUGAUAUUCAUCCACUGCCCCACUCUGCAAAAGGGAAAAUGAAGAAGUCAUUUCUGACGUGUUUACAUUAUGAAUGCUUUCUUUUCCACAAUUGUUUUCUGUAAAUAUUACAACCUGAUUUAUAUUAUAGUAUUUUCUUCCUAUUUGCAGAGGAGAAAUCCUGUACUCGGUUACUAAAAUUCUGAGAAUUCUGCCCAUAAACCUCUCCGUCUUUACCUCCUCGAUCAUCCGUAAAGGUUUCCUGUGUGGAAGUAAUAAAGAAUUUAUUUAGCAUUAGUUACCAGAUAAUUCCAGAUGAAAUCUGUGCCAUUAUUCUGUUUCGUUAGGACAUUGUCAAGAUCAGAAGUAGGGAUAAACCAGUGUUUUGUAAAACUUGGGUUACUGUGGAAGGUAUCUUUCUGAAAUCAUAAUUUUAAGCUGCUGCUGCUGUUUGUCUGGAAUUUAACAUUGCUUGGUAAUUCAAACAAAGAUUAAGCGGUCUACAACACAGGGCAUCAUAAUUAUAAAUUAGUUUUAAAUCAUGGUGUUGUAUUUUAGAUUCACAUUUUGUGAUUACAAUGAUAUAAAAACAUUCUUGCACUGUGCAUAUGAUAAACAUCCAUUUAUACGUAGUUUUUUAAAAAAAUCACUUGUUUUAAUUAAUAUGGUACUUAAUACUGUAUUAUGUAAAAAAUUGGUUCUUAAACAGUACAGUAAAAUAACUAUAUGUGUGAUAUCAGGAUACCCCUUUAUACUAUGUAUAAAAUUAAAAUCUCUAGUGAAAUAAACUGUAUAUAAAGUA